GUUCUGCUCAAAAUCAAAAGUUUAAAACCCCAACGGCUAGUCCCAACUAACCGUUUCACACCCAUAAUUCAAAACCUUUCUUUCAGCUAAGAGUUUAAAGAAACAAAAGCUACUUCUUCUUCUUCUUCCUAUUAUACAUCGUCUGUAAAAUCAGAUUGUGAAAAUCCCAUAAAUCCAGAAAAUUAUUUACACGAAAAUGGUUUACACAUACACUCCCACAUACUACACCUCACUGCAAGACUCCAUCACUUCGAUUUGCAAGACAAUCCUCCCCUUCCCCUUCAAGAAGAGGCGGCAUCCGGCGAUCGCGGCAGCCGAGCAACGCCUGUCAAAGCAGCAGUCCGAUAAUCUCAAGUGGCAGCAGGAUUCAUUCCACCAGAUACUCAAUUUGUUGGGACUUUGUAAAGAAGGCAUUGUUCCUGCAAAUGAGGUCUCUGCUUUUAGAACACACCUUCUCGAGACCCUCAUCGCCUCCCCCGCCGAUCACGAGCCGCCGUCCAUCUUGAGGGAUAAGUUGAUCUUCUUGCAGGAGUUACUCUAUGCGAAAUGCAUAUCAGAAGAAGAGUACCAUGCAUCAAAGAGGCCUUUGCUGCAGAGACUUGCAGUUCAAGGAGCUGAGAUCGAGGCGAGGAACGUGAUAGCCGGGGUGGUGCACAAGGACACUUCAAACGACGAAUGGUCCGAAAUAGAUCUCAAGGAUGACAAAUGCUCUGCCAAUCAACAAGUUAUCUCAACCUCCAAAGGGAGCUUGAGAGUGAAAAGAAUAAAAGGAGCUGCAUCUGUUAUAGGUUUUGCAUCAAGGGAUAGAAAUGCAGGCGGGAGCAAAAGCCAUGAGAGGGAAGAUGGGUUCAAGUCCAUUCUCAUGGAGGAGAGCCCCCCAUCACCAGCAUGCGUGGUGGCGGUUGAGAGGAAGAAGGCAUCGCUGAGGGCCGCCCUAAACGAGGAAGCUGAGGACAAAGAGAAAGUUAGACUAGGGAAGAGGGUGUGGGGGUUUGAUGGAUUCAAGAAAUGGAGGAAGAACGAACCCAAGCAUGAGAUAGCUGUCGAUGAGCAAUCGGAUGAAGCAAGUUAUGGCGGGAAACUCGUGUCGAAUCCGGUUGGAGAGGGGCCGGACACUAGGCAGAUCAAGAGGAAGCUGCAUCCAAAUGGGGCGCCAACUGAUUUCUUCGUGGACAAGGUUGUAGCAGAGAAUAUAAAGCAGCAGCUAUCGAGAAUCAGAGGAGAAAACACAGCAAGAAACCGAGACGAUAAUCUAACAGAUGAUGAAAUUGAAGCCAUCUCGACAAGGCUUCCAGCCGACAAGGCAGACUUGAACCAGCUAUUUCCCAAAUCAUGGUGUGACCAACAUGGCGACGUCGUUUUAGACGUGGUGAGGAAAGAAUUCAAGGAGCACAUGAGAGAGAUGGGAAAUCAACGACACAACAAAAUUGAUGAUGAGAAUUCACAUCCAAAUCAUAAGCGACCAAACUUGUCAAUCCCUUAAAUAGUAGUAACAUCAAACAUAACCCCUUUUUUUACAUGUAGUAGACAUGGCUGAAAUACCUUAAUCGGCCCAGAAUUCUUCCUUGUAGAAUGUGGAUGCUAUGUUCCAUUCUUUGGAUUUCAAAUUAUGCACUUAACUUACCAAAACAAAA